AUGCUGCAAUCGGACUCGCCGCCGAUCAAGCCGAAGAUCGUCAAUCCCCUGAGCGAUGAGUUCGACAUAUCCAGGCGUUCCGUGUCGACCAAGGAACUGCCAGACAAGUUCACCUCACCGCCUCUCAUGGAGGGUCUUCUGGAGUCCAUUCAUGGCGUGCUCGGUCCGGAUGCUCGCCCGACGCCCAUACAAGCCCUUUCGCUCAAGCACCUGUUCAAUGAGCCCCAACCGUCACGAUACCACGAGCACCUCCUUGCCUCGGAGACCGGUUCCGGAAAGUCUAUUGCGUAUCUCCUGCCGAUGCUGCACGAUCUCAAGCAGUCCGAGCUGAACAACACCCAGCGUGCCGACCCUGACGCACCCCGUCGGGCGGUGAACCCCCGCGCUAUCGUCCUCGCUCCGACACACGAGCUCACUAGACAGCUGUCGGGGUUCGCGAAGGAGCUCCUCCACCACGUCAAACUCCGCGUGCUGUGCGCGUCGCGCGCGAACACGGCUUCUCGCAAGAACGUUUCUGCGGCGAAGAUGGCGGACGUGCUGGUUGAGGGCUCCGAUGGCGAGCUAGAGGUGUCGUCCGAGUUCAUGAUGCGCGCGGACCAGAUCCAUCCUGUUGAUAUCGUGGUUGGCACGCCGGCGAAGAUCCUUGAAUUGAUGCGUGGACGCGGAUGGGACCAUGAAGCCGAGGAGGUCCUGGAUAAGCGUCCGCGGAGGAAGGUCACGGUUGGUGAGCCUCAGAUGGGACUUGGACGUGUUGAGUGGGUUGUCGUAGACGAGGCGGACGUCCUCUUCGUAGACCCCGACUUCCAGGAAGCAACGAGGUCGAUUCUCGCAGAGGUCUCUAAUGCGCGCGGUCACCCGGUCCCGUUUGACCCCAACUUGGACCUCUCUACGAAGGGGCAGCCGACGCCGAUCAGCUACCCUUUCAACUUCGUCCUCACCUCCGCUACCAUCCCGUCCUCGCUCGCGGCUUUUCUUGACAAGUUUCACCCCUCUCUUACCCGACUUGCGUCCCCCAAUUUGCACAAGCUGCCCUCCUCGUUGAAGACGGAGCACUUCAGCUGGACGGGCGGCAACCGGGACGCGGACAUCGAGCACCGCCUCCGCCGCGUGUGGUACGAGGACAUGGAGAAGACAGGGACGAAAUCAAAGGUGCUCGUGUUCUGCAACAAGAGCGCGCGCGUGGAGAACCUCGGCGCGUACCUGCGCGAGAAGGGCAUCGCGAACGUCGCGCUGACCAGCGCGGGCGACGCGCGCAAACGCGGGUCAAACCACCAUCUCGACGGUUUGCUUCGUGUUCGCUCCGACUCCGCCAGUGCGCCUGCCGCCACGCCUGCGACGGGCGCGGGGUCGAUGGACGACUUGAAGGAGGUCCCUCACGUGAUGAUCACGACGUCGCUGCUGUCGCGUGGGUUGGACUUCUCGCCGGAUGUGAAGCAUGUCUUCAUCGUUGACGAGCCGCGGAACAUGGUCGACUUCCUUCACCGUGCUGGCCGCUCGGGACGUGCCGGUGAGAGCGGAAAAGUUGUGGUGUUCGGCAAGUCGAAGGGAAGGGGCUCGGAGAAGGCGAGGGUGGUGAGGAAGAAGGUCGGCGCCCUUGCUGCCUAA